CAUCAUCAUCAUCAUCACUGCUGUGAUCAGAGGCUGAGGGAGGAGUUUAGACUCAGACUCACAGCAGGUCUUUUCUCCAGAUCAGAGCUGAACUUCAGUCUCAACCCAAGAACCCCGGGUUCCGUCUGUGAGUAUUUUAUUUCCAUUGUUAUUAGUAGUAGUAAUAGUACUAGUUGUAGUAGUACUAUUUGCCUAUUUUUCAAAUAUUCCAGAUUCUUUUUUCUUUAGUCUUAGUUUGUUUCUGUUGUUGAUUUCAAGUAUCUUUUAAAUCCAGUGACAUUUCUCAUUACAUUUCCACAGGAGCUGAUACUGAAGUGACAACAGCAGAUAUUUGUCGUUUGUUUUUAUUCACUCCAGUCAUUUUUAUUCCUUACUGUUCUUUAAUUAAAGGAUGUUAAGUAUGAGGCGUUCUAAGACAGUCAAGUGAGUACUGAGUACUGUCAUCCUAGUACUGUAUGUGGAAUACUUUACUCAUUUAUGAUUUUAUCAUCGUGGUUUUUGAUGAUGCGAAGAACAAACACUUAAAUUGUCCGCAGUUCUCAUUUCUCUUUAACUCUCUCAGUCUCUCUCUCUCUCUCUCUCUGUACUACAUUGAUAAAGUUUUUUCCAUGUGCCUGUGUUGAUUUCUGGACCUUUUUUUUCCCAUGAACCCUCCUGUCCUGACCACCACAGGCUCUGACGGCUCUGAUGGUUGCGGCUGUAAUUAGUUCAGCCUGUAGGAGUGAUGUCAUCUGUUCUUUACAGGCUUUGCUAAUCAAUGCUAGAACCAUCAAUGCAGAGCUGGAAAAUUAAAUCACUAAUAAAGGUGUGGUCAGUACCGAGUGGUUCAAACAGUGAACGGUACCAAGAGGCCCAGCCGUAUGUGGGGAGAGACAUUUCCUAAUAAGGAAAUAGUAACCGCUGCAGCGUGUCGAAAAUUUCCACAUUCUGCUUCCAGAGGUCAAGAGGUCAACAUGAACCUGACGUCCAGUUCUUCAUCUGAACCCAGUCCGACAGAACCAGCUGAUUCCAGUAUGUUCCAGUCAGCCAAUCCAGGAGACUCAGUCCAGGACCGGGACAUGGUCAUGUCUCUCAGCUCUCUUCUGGUCCACUGGUCCAACGUCAGUGGAGUCUUGACACAAGAAGCAAAUGUCACUGAUUCUGCUGGUAACAACACACUUGCUCUACCAGUAGGGGGCGUAGAUCUACUGGGAGGACACAUGAUCUGGCAGGUGGUCAUCAUCGUAGUCUUGAGCGGGUCUCUGUCGCUGGUCACCGUGGUUGGAAACAUCCUGGUGUUGGUGUCCUUCAGGAUCAACAAAGCUCUGCAGACGGUCAACAACUAUUACCUCCUGAGCCUGGCCUUCGCUGACCUGACCAUCGGGACUCUGUCCAUGAACUUCUACACCACCUACAUCGUCAUGGACCAGUGGACUCUGGGACCUGUGGUCUGUGACCUGUGGUUGGCCAUCGACUACGUGGCCAGUAACGCAUCUGUCAUGAACCUGCUGGUCAUCAGCUUCGACAGGUUUUUCUCAGUGACUCGACCUCUGACCUACAGGGUCAAACGUACGACCAAACGAGCCAUGACCAUGAUCGGAUUGGCCUGGUCCGUCUCCUUUAUCCUCUGGGCUCCAGCCAUUCUCUUCUGGCAGCUCAUCGUAGGUGAGCGAACGGUCCAGACCCACGAGUGCUACAUCCAGUUCCUGUCCGAGCCCAUCAUCACCUUCUGCACCGCCAUCGCUGCCUUCUACCUGCCUGUGACCAUCAUGGCUGUCCUCUUCUGGAAGAUCUACCAGGAGACGGAGAAGAGAGCUAAAGAUGUGCAGGGUCUGAGAGGAUCUGGAUCAGAGCCCAGGCCAGACCAGGUGGGGAACCAGGAGAGCAACAGUAGAGAAGGUUUGUCAAGACAGCAGAAGAAGAUGUUUCCUCUGCUGCGACAGCCGAGCUCACAGAGCUGCGGCUACGAUACCAACCUGACAGACUCAGAGAAGAAGAAGAAGAAGAAGAACCGGAUCUUAUGCUUUCAGGUUCCAUCAUCAUCGUCUAGGCCUAACACGACCACAACAGGGCAGAACCAGUGCCAUGGUUCCAACAACCACAGGCUGUCAGAAGAUGGAGAAGGUCCAAAAGGCAGGAAAUCACCAAAAGUUGAAGAAAACAAGAACAAACUGCCGUCUUCCUCCAUCAAAAGUCAAACUGACUCCUCCUCCUCUCCUCCUGACCAAUCACCAGCCACCAUCACCUUGAAAAAUGCAGCUCUGGCCAAACGCUUUGCCUGCAGGGCCCGGACGGAAAUCAACAAGCGCAGGAACGAGAAGAAGGCCAACGAUCGUAAGGCCGCUCGAACGCUGAGCGCCAUCCUCCUGGCCUUCGUCUCCACCUGGUUGCCCUACAACAUCAUGGUGCUGGUCAACACCUUCUGUCAGGACUGCAUCCCACCCACGCUGUGGGCGCUGGGGUACUGGCUCUGCUACGUCAACAGCGCCAUCAACCCCAUCUGCUAUGCCCUCUGCAACAAGACCUUCAGGACCACCUUCAGAGACCUGCUGAUGUGUCAGUGGAGGAGCAGCAGGAGGAACGCACAGAAGAAGAAGGUGGUGUUUCAGAAGAGGGAGCCGGUGUGAGAACCUGGUCCAGAGAACACUGCAGCGGGUGUGCCCUCCAGAGUGAGAAGAUCCUGAAUUGAUCUGAGUCCACCUCAAGAUGUUCUGGUCCCUCAAGAGGACCGGUUCUGUUAGUGGGAGUGAGGCUAAGUUUUGUCAGAGUUUUGGGCUGGCUCAUAAAGGUUCUUAUUUAUAUAUAGUCGUGGUGGUGAACUAAGAGUGUCCACAUUAUUAGCUACACAUUCACGUCAAAUAUUUAAAAAUGUACGCUAUGUUAAAUAAUUAAAGGCAUUUGAUGACAUUUAACAAUGCAGUGAUUCUCAGCUGACUGUGUGCGUUCCAUGUGUGGUCCAUGACCCUCAUGUUGUCUGAAAAAACCACCUCGCUCUUUUCUGCUGUUUAUUCCUGAUCUACUUAAUACAGACCUUCAAAUAGACCUAAAAAUAUAGACCUGUUGUGCAUGAUUAUGUUUUAUUUGUUUCAGUUCAUUUGUUGUUUUUAAUGAUUGGAAUAGGUUUGUCCAAAGUCUGGCUCUGGACCCAGAUCUGGUCUCAGACAGGGUUUAUUCCAGUUCCCUUUCUUCCCUUUCCUUUUCUUCAUGUGGCUCUUUUUUGGCUUAAGAUGAAUGUGAAGUUAUUUUUUAUCUAUUAUUCUUUUCUUCUGUUUCUUGACCUUUCUUGACCUUUCUGACCUUCAGGUUUCUGACAACCUGACCCUGGU